AUGGGCAAAUCCUCCAAAGACAAACGCGAUGUGUACUAUCGCUUAGCCAAAGAACAAGGUUGGCGAGCUCGCAGUGCUUUUAAAUUGCUGCAAUUGGACGAGGAAUUCAACUUGUUCGACGGCGUUCAGCGCGCGGUGGAUUUGUGUGCUGCCCCGGGCAGUUGGUCUCAAGUAUUGACCAAAAAGCUGAGUGAGAAUCGCGAGAAAAGUCAGCAACCCACCGAACCCAAGAUUGUGGCGGUGGAUUUGCAAGCCAUGGCUCCCUUGGAAGGUGUCAUUCAAUUGCAAGGCGAUAUCACCAAAAAGUCCACUGCAGAACAGAUCAUCUCUUAUUUUGAAGGUGAACUGGCUGAUAUCGUUGUAUGUGAUGGUGCUCCUGAUGUCACGGGACUGCACGACAUGGAUGAAUACAUUCAAGCACAAUUGCUGUUGGCCGCUCUUAAUAUCACGACCCAUGUCUUGCGUCCCGGCGGCACGUUUGUAGCGAAAAUCUUCCGCGGAAAGGAUAUCACUCUGCUCUACUCGCAAUUGAAAAUUUUCUUCCCCACCGUCACCUGCAGCAAACCUCGUAGUUCCCGUAACUCAAGUAUAGAGGCUUUCAUUGUCUGUCAAGAUUACACACCUCCUCAGGAUUACACGCCUACCAUGGCGAAUCCUUUGCUUGAUAUGCAAUAUGAUGAUAUGAACGAACUCACGGGACCUAACCGAACCAUUGUUCCCUUCAUUGCCUGUGGUGAUCUAAAUGGAUAUGAUGCGGAUCGCACUUACCCUUUAAAUACAUCCUAUACAUCACUUGAUCCUUUGCAACCACCUAUCACCGCACCUUACAAAACAGCCAUGCAACUGAAACGUAGCAACUUUUACAACACCGUUUCAAAAUAA